UAAGUAACGCAAAUUAUUUUAACAUCAUUUAAACAUGCUACAAACAAAUGAAAUAAAUGAUGUAAAACCAUCAUUUUUUGUAGUGUGGUUUGCGUGCCUUUCCCGGCUCAAGGCCACAUCAACCCGAUGCUGCAAGUGGCUAAACUCUUACACACCAAAGGCUUCCACGUCACCUUCGUCAAUACCAUCUACAACCACAAACGUCUCCUCCGUUCCCGUGGACCCAACGCCCUCAACGGGAUACCUUCUUUCCGGUUCGAAUAUAUUCCUGAUGGUCUUCCUGAGACCAACAAGGACGCCACCCAGGACGUCCCUCCUCUUUGUGCGUCCACAAAGAAAAACUGUCUAGCUCCAUUCAAGGAGCUUCUCAGGCGGAUCAACACGGCAGAUGAUGUUCCUCCGGUGAGUAGUAUUGUAUCGGACGGUAUAAUGAGCUUUACCCUUGAUGCUGCGGAGGAACUUGGAGUCCCGGAUGUUGUUUUUUGGACCACCAGUGCUUGUGGCUUCUUGGCUUAUCUACAUUUCUAUCGCUUCAUCGAGAAGGGGUUAUCACCACUAAAAGAUGAGAGUUACUUAACCAAGGAGCACUUAGACACAAAAAUAGAUUGGAUACCAUCAAUGGGGAACUUAAGACUAAAGGACAUCCCAAGCUUCAUCAGAACGACUAAUCCUGACGACAUAAUGCUCAACUUUUUUUGUUCAUGAGGCUGACCGAGUCAAACGCGCUUCUGCUAUCAUUCUUAAUACAUUCGAUGAGCUCGAACAUGACACCAUCCAAUCUAUUAAAUCUA